UUUUUUUCUCAGAAUUCUAAGUUUACUUCUCGCAAUUUUGACUUUUUGCUCGGAAUUCUGAGUUUGCAUUUUGCAAUUCUGACUUUUUUUAGCACCAAUUUCCCAGGAAGUGAUGAUUUUGUUCUCAUGAACACAUGGUAAGGAAACACUGCUUAAUUUGCAAAUGUUUUAUGCCAUAUUCUAAUUAAAUUCGCAACUUUGAAUGGAAACAUAGCUAAUGUCUUCUGUAGAGAAUGAAUCUCACAUGUACUGUCAGUUGUUACAGCUCAAACAUGUGUCUCAAUCUGUUUCUCAACUAAGCCUUGCAAAUAUUGACCCAGCUAACAAAAAUAUAUUCUAGGAACGUUUUGCUUUCCAAUUAAGUUAUGAAAAUGUUAUUUCUGAAUGUUCUCUGAACGUGCAGUUUUUUAAAUGUUUUUUUCUUGGUUAUGUGAACAUUAAGCAAACAUUACCAUUGUAUCAUUCUUCAAACAUUAUAGGAACGUUACUUUUUGAAUGUUCAGUGAACUUUCCGAAAAAAAAAAAAAAAAGUUAGAUGAACGUCCAACUAAAAAAAAUGAUGGUUUUGUGCUAACGUUUUGAAAACAUUAUUGAAGCCCAGACAACUCUGAAUGAAUGUUCUAUUAACGUUAAUGGAAGAACGUUUGUUCAUAACUUUGAGAGAACCUUGCCAGAACGUUCCCCGUUUCGUUUGUGACCCUGACAGUGAACUUACCUUAAGAAUGGAUUGUUUUCUCAGUAGUAAACACUCAGUAGUGUGCUGCUAGGCUUGCUAGAGAAGUUUUUGAUAAGCCAUAUUUGAGGACAUUGAGUCUUUCUAGACGUCUGCGUAGAAUAACACUAUUUAAACCGGUCAUUGCACUGGUUGUAGCCUGAAUGUGGUUUUUAUGUGUACUUUAGUGAUCCCGGCAUGGAAGUUUCUUCUCCUAGAGGCAGCUUGUAUUUAAGACAACGGCCAAGCUACUGAACUCAUAUGCGAUCAUUCCCACAUAAUCUCAGAACAUUAUGUGAAAAAACAGUGUUUUAGCCCUGACAGUAUGUAUGCUUAACACUUAAGUCUCAUUUGUGUUUAUUAUUAUUUUUUAUCUCAGAUAUUUUGGGACUUGUUUUGUACGGCUGUAGCGUUGUGAUUGUCUUUGCUGUUAACUGGAGAAAUGCAAUGGACCAAUUAGUGGAUGUUGGAACGUUUUGUGUAUUUUUAUUGUACGUUUUUUAAACUACUGCUUAAAUAAUACCAUCCAUUAUUUAAUUUUUUUUUUUUAAUUUGCAAAUGCAUUCAGUUCUGACAGAUGUUUUGUCUCAUUUAAGUGUGUAUCCAACAGAUGACGUCGACGUAUGAAAAUGGACGAUUUCAAUGGAGAAUCCAUUCCUCCACACUGCUUUCCUUUAAAGUCAUUGAAUUUCCACUGCAUGUGUUUUUAUUUAGCACACGGUUAUAUGCCUGAGUCUGGUGACGUGGCCAACAAUAUCACAAUAUACAGUUUGUAUAUGGGAAUCUGUUAUUAAAACAUCAAAUACUCAUGCAUUGCAUUGUUAUUUGUAAUGACUUAUACUAAUGAAUUUAAUUAACCAAACUAGUGAAAAUGCGUUUAUUUUGCCCCGCUGCAUAUGUCAUAAUGUGCACUAAUGCAGUGUUUCACAGAUAUAAUUAAAUAAUUAAAUUACAGAUUCAGACACAGAUCACAAACACUUUCCUCUCUUACAGAUUGCAAACAUAGUCUUAAAAAUAUAUAUUCCAAGAAGGUUUUGCUAACAUUUAACCAUUAAACCAUUUACAUUAAAUUGAUGUAAUUAAAUUGAUAACUUUUUUUCUGACUUGAACAUUCAAAAUAUACAGGGUUUAAAAACGUUGGGAAUCAUGGGAAUGUUACUUUUGAAUUUAAAUGUUCUCUGAACGUUACUUUGAAUUUUCUCUGAACCUUACUUUUAAAUGUUUACUGAACAUUACUUUUAAAUGUUCUCUGAAUGUUACUUUACAUUUUCUCUAAAUGUUACUUUUGAAUGUUCUCCGAACAUUACUUUUAAUUUUCUCUGAACGUUACUUUUAAUUUUCUCUAAAUGUUACUUUUAAAUGUUCUCUGAAUGUUACUUUUCAAUGUUCUCUGAACUUUGCAUUUAAAUGUUCUUUUCAGAACGUUGCUUUUACAUUCUGAAACAUAUAGUAACAUUUAAAAAAUGUUACACAAACAUCUAAAUAAAAUAUUUCAGAAAUAAAACAUUACUUUUUCCUUUUGUUUCUGUGCUAACGUUUUGAUCAGAGCCGUUGAAAAUCAUAUUUAACGGCUCUGGUUUUGACAAUAUUAUUAAAUUCCAGAUAACUCGAACGAACAUUCUAUUAAUGGUACUGGAAGAACGUUUGUUUGUAACUUUGAGAGAACUUUGCCAGAACAUAAGCUAAAGUUCAGAGAACAUUCCAGGGGAUUUUAAAGGCAGCUUCAUGAAGUGUUUGAGGUUUUCAUCACAUCUCUUUCAGAAUGAGGGAAGUAAGGCCCGUCCGUUGAACGUUCUCUGCUAUUGCACGUUUCAUUCAGAGAUAUUGCAACCUGUCAGUAUGUGUAGUAACAGCUGGAGCAUAAAAACCUCUGUCUUUGGUGAAUACAGUAGUGUGGAGUUGUGCUGUAGUGCUAAAGUUCCCAGCUGAUUUAAACGUUUGAGUUGGCACAAUGGGUUUGAAUGAGUAUGCACAGACUGUGACUAUGACGUCUCCCAAUCAAGAACAUCAGCCGCACAGGAAUGGAUCAGACACACAGAAGCUCAAGUAUGAAGAUGAUGGCAAAGGUGUGGUUCAGGUCAACAGUAAAUGGAACCCCAUGUUUCUGUCGCUGGUGUGUGUUUUGUUGGGCGUCUCUCUCAUAAUGCUGCUAGAUGGCUGUCGCUCCUCCUCCGACUCGUGGGUUUUGCUCAGCUCUGUCGGAUCCAUCUGGGACUGGACGUCUGUGUCCGUGGUGCUGCUGUUCACUGUCCUGCAGGCGGCGCUCUAUCAUCUACCUGUGGGACAGGUGAGUGAAGGCAAGAUGGGCUGUAAUGGAAAGCGUUUAAAAUACAAACUCAAUGGUCUGUAUGCGUUCCUUCUGAGCGUGGCUCUGUUCUCGGCACUGUGGUUCUGUGGCGUCCUGCGGGCCGGCGCUGUGACGGACAGGAUCUUAUCUCUGGUCAGCGCUGGCAUGGCCGUCUCUCUGCUGCUCAGCCUGGUGUUGUACCUGUGUCCGAUCCACACACACGCCUCUGCACAGGUGCACUAUGACAACACAGCGGAUCCUCUGCUGAGGUUUGUUCUGGGUCAGAAGAUGGAUCCUCGUCUGGGCAUCAUCGACGUCAAACACUUCGUCAUGGUCAGGAUCGGAUUCAUCGGCUGGGCCAUGAUGGAUCUGAAUUAUCUCCUGACCGCGAUAGAGAUGAACUCGCUGUCUCUCUCUCUGGUGCUCGUGAUCGUCUUUCAUCUCAUUUACAUACUGGACUUCCUCAUCGAUGAGGGAUCUGUGCUGACGACCAAAGAGUUCACAGAUGAGCCAAUUGGCUUCAUUAUGAUUUUGGGCGAGUUCAUCUGGAUCCCUUUCUUCUCCAGUCUUCCUGUUUACUUCCUUCUUCAGAGGCCCAAUCACAUCCAUUUCCUGUUGGCCGUGCCCAUCUGCCUGCUCUUCGGUAUCGGCUUCCUGAUUUAUUACCUGUCCAACGAGCAGAAAGAUGGUUUCCGCAGAAAUCCAAAUGACCCGGCCUACGCUUGUCUGCAGACAAUCCGAAGCCCAACAGGAAGACGUCUUCUGGUUUCUGGAUGGUUCGGAUGGGUUAGACACCCUAACUACCUAGGAGACAUUCUGAUGAUGUUUGCCUGGUGUCUCCCCUGCGGGUUCACCAGCGUUCUGCCGUACUUGCCGCCACUGCAGUGCUUUAACUUAUUGAGGCAUCGAGCCAGUGAGAUCGAAGAUUCGUGUCUGAAGAAGCACGGCGACGCCUGGCGAGAAUAUUGCCGCCGAGUGCCGUACAAACUGGUGCCUCAUGUGUACUGAAGAUCUGAUAUCUCUAAUGUGGAUUCUUUUGUACAUAAACUUUUAUAAAGCAUG